UCGUGUCCCUGUAAUGGAGGUCACAACAACCUCAAAAUUCCCAUGAUAACACAAAAAUCAACCGGUUCUGGACGUGUAUGAGUGACCCGGCCGCUCGUGACCCGCUCCUGCUGACUAUUAUUACCAAAGGUAAGGGAGCAAAAUAAAGCUACUGAAGUGAAGGGAAGUAACUUAAGCCCCACACCCAUACACUGGACCCAUGGCGACCACUCGGAGGGGCUUGCGGGGGCCGAGGAGCAGCAGCGGCAGCAGAGACCAUGGCAGGACAACGCCACCCCCUGCACAUGAUGAUAUACUGACACAUAAGACUGAUGAUGACGAUGACACGACCACCCGAGGCAACAGAAGCAGAGGCACCGGCAAGAACAGCUCCCCAACGGACCUGCCAGACGGCACCACGCAACGCCACCCCCACGGCUCCCCCUCCACCCCCCCUGGCAGGCCCGGACCCACCUCCCUCCACACCUCCGGCCACACCCGCUGCACCUCCACCACCACCACCACCACGCGACGACGCACCACCACCAGGGAAGAAGAGGAGGCAGGGGAGGAGGUGCUGGAGGCUGCAGCGGAGGGGCGAGGGAAAGGUACCACAACCACACCCACUAAACACCAGCACUCGCACCACCCGCACCACCACCACCAGGGCCCAACACCAAUGCUCCUGAUCUUCGUGUGUUUCCUGGUCCUGGUCGGCAUAUACUCCCUCCACCAGGCGCUUAAGAAAAGGGAAGAGGAGGAGAGAGCAGCGAAAAAAGUCAAGCCGAUCGCGGACGUUUACGAAGACUUGAAACUCGAGCUCCAGACGUUGAAUCGGGAGUUCUCGCAGCCCAGGGAGGUGUGGCUGGGGCUCCUGGGCCAGCUCGAGGCGAUGAUGGUCGAUGAGCCGCCCCAGCCUGCCGUCCUACUCAUGGUGGUGCCGGAUGACUCGAGAGGGGCCGCUUCCUGCCUAGCGCACCAUCUGGCUAAGGCUGUGCAGUAUGCUUUUGAAGACAGCCGGUUCGUGAUGUUCGACACACGCACAAGCCAGUACAUGGGAGACAGCGCGGCCUUGAAGCUGGACCUGGACCGCACCCUGAGUGGCCUAUCCAGAGCUCACGCGGCAGUAGUGCAUAACGUGGAGAGCCUGCCGGGCCACGCUGCCAUGAUCCUGCACGCCUAUUGUGAUAACGAGAAUGCGCCCUAUAAACAGGCUGUCAUCUUUCUACUGGCGGAGGUGCCGGGGACAUAUCAGGACCUGGCCUACUCGCGUCUCGACUCACUGGUGGACGCACACUUGGAGGGGGCAUGGGGGGAUGGGGACGAGGGGGAGGGGGAGGCGGGGAGUAGUGGGAGUAAGGGGGGACUGAAGGAGAAGGAUGUGUCUGCCCUCAUCUCCCGGACGGCUAACGCACCUUUGCUUAUUAGACCAGAGAGGCCGGCCAGGGUGAUGGAGCUGUGCCCUGUGUAGAGAGGGAGAGAAGGGGACUUAGAGAGAGAGAGAGAGAGAGAGAGAGAGGGAGGGAGGGAGAGAGAAACGUGUGGGUCGUAUUAGGUUAGAAAUUUUUGUGUGUAUAUUAUUUAAUGCUUCUGUGUGUGUGUGUGUGUGUGUGUGUGUGUGUGUGUGUGUGUGUGUGUGUAUUAGUUGUGGUAUACAGGAAAGGAACGACGCUCAUACUGUCCCGUCUCCAACUUGGCCUUAAAAUCCAUGAAUCAUCUUCGCUUGAAUCACAUCUUUCCACCACUGCUCUUUUGAAAGGCUAUUCUCCUUAUGUCUCUUCUACAGACUUCCUUUUUCAUCUUCCUUCCAUGACCUCUUGACUCCUGUGUCCCAUGUUAUUAGGUCAUCCUUGUCUACUUCCUCCAUCCCAUAGAGCCUGGGUUCGAUUCCCGGGCGAAGUGGAAAAAUUUGGGCGGCUUUCCUGAUACCCUAUGCCCCUGUCCACCCAGCAGUGAAUGGGUACCAGGUAUUAAUCGGGGGUUGUGUCCCGUCUCCUGGGAUCUGUUCCUUUCUCCUAUAAUUCCUUCCCCUUCUGUCUCUCUCCGCCAUAUGACCACAUGUUGCGCCGACUAAACGAAACUUUCCAACUUUUCCUCCAUCCUAUUCAGCACCCUAUACACCACAAUCAGGUCUCCUCUCUCCCUCUGUUCCAGUGUUGGUAAGUUCAACUGCUUGAAUCUUUCUUAGUAUGUUCAAUCUGGUAGUCCUAGAACAAACUAUAUUGCUGCCCUCUGAAUCCUCUCUACUUUCCUUAUAUAUGUGUGUGUGUUUUAUGAGCAGUUUUUAUUUAAUUAUACAUAACUUAUUUAUUAUUGUAUUUUAGCUUCAAAUUUGCUUAAUGUUCAAACCAACCUUGUAUUUAAGCCCCGCCCCCUUCCUCAUUCAGUGCAUAUCAUUGGCUAGUUCACCCACAAGCCACGCCCCUCCUGAGAGAGGUUUUAUCUUACUGCUGGGAGAGAGAGUUAAUUCUUAUUGGUAAUGAUGGCAGGGUUGGCAGGGUUGAGUCAUGUACUGGUCAAGGUAAUUUUACUAUUUAUUCACAGGUUAUUUGCAUCCAUGAUCUUUCGGAGAGGUUGUCUGUAGGUUAAGGAUAAAUGGUUCCCUUGUGAUAGGUGCUGGUGCUAUAGGGAUUUGAAGUCCUCCCUUUUAUUGUGAGUGCUUACGUGGUGCAGUGGUUCAUCAUUCUUUUCAGCCUGGGGAAACCUGUGGAAGGUAAAUUGUGGUAGCUCAGAUGUCACAUUGGCUAUAUGUCGGAUUAAGGGUUCCCUCACCACAGCGGGCGGAGUGGAAAAAUUGGGCGGCUUUUCCAAUACCCUACGUCCCUGUCCACCCAGCAGUGAAUGGGUACCAGGUAUUAAUCGGGGGUUGUGUCCCGUCUCCUGGGUUCUGUUCCCUUCUCCUAUAAUUCCUACCCCUUCUGUCUCUCUCCGGCAUAUGCCCACAUGUUGCGCCGACUAAACGAAACUUUCCAACUUUCCCUCACCAUAGGCAUAAGGGGCAGUGGGACAGAGAUGAGCUCCACUAUCACAUGCAUCUGUAGUAUAUCCUCCCAUCUUUUCCUUUUUUUUAUAAGGGAUGUCGUUUGGUUAACUUGGUAGAUAAGCUCCUCCCCUUUCCGUUUCUGAGACUUGCUAUUGGUUACUUUCGUGCAACGGUGCCAGAUUGUCGUACUCCUCUUCAUAUGUUUGCCAAUUUCCGACCCAAAAACUGCCUCCUCGACCCCAGUAACUGCCUUCAUAUAUAGUUAUGGUUAAAAUUGUUCAUUAUUGGUGUUUUAUGGCAAUAGCUACGGCUCAGAAACUGGUAAAUACGAGGCUAAGAGUACGAUAAUCUGGCAACGGUGCUUUCGUGGAUACUCUAGUCUGUGUGUUUCCAAAUUUCCUCGUUGGUUAACUUGGUGGAUAAGCUCCGCCUCUCUUUGCUCCCAAGCCUUGCCAUUGGUUAAUUUGGUGGGUAAGCUCCUCCCACUCCCGUUUCUGAGACUUGCUAUUGGUUAGUUUCGUGGACAAGCCAGUCUGUGUGUGUUGCCAAAGCUCGUCAUUGGUUAAUUUGGUGGAUAAGCUCCACCUCUUUGCUCCCAAGGCUUGCCCCCAUUGGUUGAUUUGGUGGGUAAGCUCCUCCCCUUCCCGUUUCUGAGACUUGUUAUUGGUUAGUUUCGUGGACAAGCCAUUCUGUGUGUGUUUCCAAAGCUCGUCACUGGUUAAUUUAGUGGAUAAGCUCCACCUCUUUGCUCCCAAGGUUUGCCAUUGGUUAAUUUGGUGGGUAAGCUCCUCCCCUUCCCGUUUCUGAGACUUGUUAUUGGUUAGUUUCGUGGACAAGCCAGUCUGUGUGUGUUUCCAAAGCUCGUCAUUGGUUAAUUUGGUGGAUAAGCUCCGCCUCUCUUUCCUCCCAAGCCUUGCCAUUGGUUAAUUUGGUGGGUAAGCUCCUCCCCUUUCCGUUUCUGAGACUUGCUAUUGGUUAGUUUCGUGGACAAGCCAGUCUGUGUGUGUUUCCAAAAUUCCUCAUUGGUUAACUUGGUGAAUAAGCUCCGCCUCUCUUUGCUCCCAAGGCUUGCCCCCAUUGGUUGAUUUGGUGGGUAAGCUCCUCCCCUUUCCAUUUCUGAGACUUAUUAUUGGUUAGUUUUGUGGAUUCUCUAGUCUGUGUGUUUCCAAAAUUCCUCAUUGGUUAACUUGGUGGAUAAGCUCCGCCUCUCUUUGCUCCCAAGGUUUGGCCCCAUUGGUUGAUUUGGUGGGUAAGCUCCUCCCCUUUCCAUUUCUGAGACUUAUAAUUGGUUAGUUUCGUGGACAAGCCAUUCUGUGUGUGUUUUCAAAGCUCGUCACUGGUUAAUUUAGUGGAUAAGCUCCGCCUCUCUUUGCUCCCAAGGCUUGCCCCUAUUGGUUAAUUUGGUGGGUAAGCUCCUCCCCUUUCCGUUUCUGAGACUUGCUAUUGGUUAGUUUCGUGGACAAGCCAGUCUGUGUGUGUUUUAAAAGUUCGUCAUUGGUUAAUUUAGUGGAUCAGUUCCCCCUCUUUGCUUAACGUGAUGGAUAAGCUCCCCUUUUUGUUUCCAAGGCUCUUCAUUUGGUUAGCUUGGUGGUGGGCUCACAGAAGGAUGCAUGGGAUAGAUUGCAACUGGAUAUAACAGGCUUAGAUUUGUUGUUCAGAUCAUCUUAUAAAGGAUUUUGGAAUGUUAAUCAACGUCUGACAAUCUCUCUCUCUCUCUCUCUCUCUCUCUCUCUCUCUCUCUCUCUCUCUCUCUCUCUCUCUCUCUCUCUCUCUCUCUCUCUCUCUCUCU